CAUGCGUCCCACGUCGUCGGUACGUCAGGUGACGAGCAUAGCAGUGUCCAGUGAGAAAUUGACGAGUAAAAGCUCUUUAUCAACACUGAAACAAGCGUACACACAAAAAGCAGCAAGCAAGGAAGGGGAUCAGAGGCUAUCACUAAACGGCUAAAGCUAAAGCUCUGCCUCUCUUCGCAUGCUUUCGGUUUCGACGCCUAGUAUGAAUCCUCCGGCAUCGCUCGACUUCCACACCUCUGUUUUCAACAAGGAGAAGGUCUCCCUUGCUGGUCACCAUGAGUACAUUGUGAAAGGUGGAAGAAAUUUGUUCAAGCUGCUGCCUGACGCUUUCAAGGGGAUUAAACAGAUUGGCGUUAUUGGGUGGGGUUCUCAGGGACCAGCUCAAGCUCAAAAUUUAAGAGAUUCCCUUGCAGAAGCAAAAUCUGAUAUUGUUGUCAAGGUUGGACUUAGGAAGGGUUCUCAUUCUUUUGCCGAAGCUCGUGCUGCUGGUUUCACUGAAGAUAAUGGAACACUGGGUGAAAUAUGGGAAACUAUUUCUGGCAGCGAUCUUGUGUUACUUUUGAUAUCUGAUGCUGCACAGGCUGACAAUUGUGAGAAAAUAUUCUCACACAUGAAACCAAAAAGCAUACUUGGUCUCUCACAUGGCUUUCUUCUUGGGCAUUUGCAAUCUAUGGGACUUGAUUUCCCAAAAAACAUCAGCGUAAUUGCGGUUUGUCCCAAAGGAAUGGGUCCAUCAGUAAGGAGACUCUAUGUUCAAGGCAAAGAGAUCAAUGGUGCUGGUAUUAAUUCCAGUUUUGCAGUCCACCAGGAUGUUGAUGGUCGAGCUACUGAUGUUGCACUUGGCUGGUCAGUUGCUCUUGGUUCGCCUUUCACAUUUGCUACUACUUUAGAGCAGGAGUACAAGAGUGACAUCUUUGGGGAACGAGGCAUUUUGCUUGGUGCGGUUCAUGGCAUUGUGGAGGCCUUAUUUAGAAGAUACACAGAAAAUGGAAUGAGUGAGGACCUGGCUUACAAGAAUACUGUUGAAUGCAUAACAGGAAUUAUAUCAAAGACAAUUUCAACUCAGGGCAUGUUGGCUGUGUACAAUUCUUUUUCUGAAGAGGGACGGAAGGAAUUUGAGACUGCAUAUAGUACUUCAUAUUAUCCAUGCAUGGAUAUCUUGUAUGAGUGCUAUGAAGAUGUAGCUUGUGGGAAUGAAAUCCGCAGUGUUGUCUUGGCUGGGCGGCGUUUUUAUGAAAAGGAUGGGCUCCCAGCCUUCCCAAUGGGUAAAAUUGAUCAGACACGCAUGUGGAAAGUUGGAGAACAAGUACGGAGGGCAAGACUAGCAGGUGAUUUAGGACCAUUAUAUCCAUUUACAGCUGGUGUUUAUUUGGCAUUAAUGAUGGCCCAGAUUGAGAUCCUGAGGAAGAAAGGGCACUCCUACUCUGAGAUCAUUAAUGAAAGUGUGAUAGAGUCAGUGGAUUCAUUGAAUCCAUUUAUGCAUGCUCGUGGAGUUUCCUUUAUGGUUGACAACUGCUCCACAACUGCACGAUUGGGAUCAAGAAAAUGGGCUCCUAGGUUCGAUUACAUCCUUACCCAACAGGCCCUGGUGGCAGUGGACAAUGGCACUCCCAUCGACCAAGAUUUGAUCAGCAACUUUCUGUCAGAUCCUGUACAUGGAGCCAUUGAAGUCUGUGCUCAGUUGAGGCCUACAGUUGAUAUUUCAGUGCCCCCAGAUGCUGAUUUUGUGCGACCUGAGUUGCGUCAAUCAAGUUAGUAAGUGGAGAUCUUUAAGCUUGAGCUAGCCAACCUUUUAUGAAAGGGUUGUUUGUGAAACUUGCUUGAAUGUAUGAAUAGUGGAGUUUUAUCGAUGUGUUACUUUUGUUGGGAUUUUUAAGUAGAAACGUAUUUAAUAUCAAGAUCAGCACACAAAUAAAUCACAUAAGAUAUAAUAUUUAACA